AUGGACGCCCCUAGGACCUUAGCGCCCGAGCGGUCCGCCCAAUCGCUUCCUCGGAUAGGAGGGGUUCUUUUGAAGCUGUGGCUGUGUGAACUCUGGGUACUGCUGCCGGAUUCCGGUGUGAACAUGAAACUUUUGCCUCACGAAGAGGAAGUACAUUUUAUCAAUGAAUACGUGAACCUCCACAAUGAGCUCCGGGGCAACGUCUCCCCCGGAGGGUCUAACUUGCGCUUCAUGACUUGGGAUGUAGCUUUGUCACGGACUGCUAGAGCAUGGGGGAAAAAAUGUUUGCGUGAGCAUAAUCCUCAUUUAGAAGAAGUAAACAUGGCCCAUCCUAAAUUUAAUGGUAUUGGUGAAAAUAUGUGGAUUGGCCCCGAAAAUGAAUUUACCGCAAGUAUUGCUAUCAGAAGUUGGUAUGAAGAGAAGAAAAGGUACCAUAUUGAAAAUGACAGUUGCUCUAGUGACUGUUCUAAUUAUAAACAGCUUGUUUGGAACACAUCUUACAAAGUUGGUUGUGCCAUUACUAAGUGUGCAAGAGUUGAAAAUAUUAGAUAUGCAGCAGUUUUCAUUUGCAACUAUGCGCCAGGAGGAUCUCUGUCGAGAAGGCCUUAUACACCAGGAAUAGUUUGUUCUCAAUGUAGCAGAUAUGACAGAUGCACAGAUUUUCUAUGCAGUAAGAUAAAGAAAAUAACUUAA